UCCUAGCGAGGCCCCGCCCCUUCCCCGCCAGCUGGAGGAAGCGGAGUAGGAAGUGGGUUGCGAUGUCCUUUUGUGUCCUACAGCCGGAGCGGAGAGGAGGAGGAGGAGGCGAAGGCGGAGGAGGAAGGCGCCCCGCUCGGCCCCAGCCCAUGGGCCCCACGCCGCCCGGCUCCUACAGGGGCCCCUGAGCCGCCCGCCCUUGGCCAGCCCCAGCCGGGCAGAGGCUCCUCUGCGGCGCGGAGCCCUUGCCUUGCCGCCAAGCCACUUCCAACCAUGUCGUCCCGGGACCGCCGAGCGGAAUUCUUCAUCAAGACGGAGCCGGCCUCUCCGGACAGCCUGGUCCAGCACAGCCCCAGCGGGUCUUCGGACACCAGUGCUGGCGGGGCCCCGCAGGAGCUUGAGGCCCCCGGGGCCCAGCCCGUGGGGACGGGGGCUUCACGACGACGGCACGAUGAGGACCCGGACGAGCCCCCCGGACGAGGGAAGUACAUGCUGAGCUCCAUGCCGAAGCGGCUCUGCUUGGUCUGCGGUGACGUGGCUUCCGGGUACCACUACGGUGUGGCCUCCUGCGAAGCCUGCAAAGCCUUCUUCAAGCGCACCAUCCAAGGAAGCAUCGAGUACAGCUGCCCAGCGACCAACGAGUGCGAGAUCACCAAGCGGCGCCGGAAGGCUUGCCAGGCAUGCCGCUUCACCAAGUGCCUGCGCGUGGGCAUGCUCAAGGAAGGGGUGCGUCUCGAUCGGGUACGAGGAGGCCGGCAGAAGUACAAGCGGAGGCCCGAGGUGGAGGGGGCCACCUACCCCAGCGCCUUCGUCACCCCACAGAUUGCCACCGUGACUCCCAAGAAGCCGGCUCCCAUGAACACAAUGGUGUCGCAUUUACUGGUGGCGGAGCCUGAGAAACUGUAUGCCAUGCCGGAUCCCGCGCUCCCGGAUGGCCCUGCCAAGGCAGCAAGCACCCUAUGCGAUUUGGCGGACCGGGAGAUCGUGGUCAUUAUCGGCUGGGCCAAAAACAUCCCAGGGUUUCCAGCGCUGUCCUUGGCGGACCAGAUGUCGGUGCUGCAGAGCGUCUGGCUGGAGGUCCUGCUGCUCGGGGUGGCCUGGCGCUCCUUGCCGUGCGAGGACGAGAUCGUCUUUGCCGAGGAUUUUGCGCUCGACGAGGAAGCCGCUCGGACGGCAGGGCUCUUGGAGCUCAGCGGGGUGGUCCUGCAGCUGGUGCGCAAGUACCGGGCCCUGCGCCUGGAGCGCGAGGAGUACGUCCUUCUCAAGGCCUUGGCCCUUGCCAACUCAGACUCUGUGCACAUUGAGGACAUGGCGGCCGUCCAGCGGCUCCGCGACGUGCUCCACGAGGCUCUCUUGGAAUACGAAGCGUCGCGGCGCCCCGAAGAGCCCCGCCGGGCCGGGCGCCUGCUCCUCACGCUCCCGCUGCUGCGCCAGACGGCCACCCGCGUCCUCCACCACUUCUACAGCCUCAAACUGGAGGGCAAGGUCCCCAUGCAUAAGCUUUUCCUGGAGAUGCUGGAGGCCAUGAUGGAUUGAAUGUCCGGGGCUGGAAGAGAGGGCAGGAGGAGGCGCGGCCCGACGCGACACGGAUUGGCGGAUCAUCGGGGUGGCGUCCUCGCUCCGAUCCCCGCCACCUGCUCAUCUGCAUCAUGUCGAAUGCAUUUCAGUGUAUGCAAAUAUACUAAUUGCCCACUGCUUCACCCAAGAUGAUAAUACGUAUCAGGGAGAGAAAGGACAGAGCCGUUGGAAACCCAGACCCGGACGGGAAGGACACUUGAAAGGGGAAAGAGGGAUGGAGAGAGUUUGUUGACAUUCACACUGGAAGCCAUAUUUUGAUUUUAAUUUAUUAUUAAAAUGGGCGGGGAGGGGUAUUAUCUACUGUAGUUUUAGCUUGGAAGCCAUAUUUGAUUCGCAUCACAUCGAGGAGGAGAAAGGGACGAGCGUGUACCGGGGUGUGCGGGACACUGGACGUUCUCAUCACCGGCAAAGCGUCGAAACACACUACUGUCUCGGGCCUCCUCCUAUCCUACACCUUCCACCCCUCUGGGCUGGGCCCAGCCAAAUGCACCUUAACAUGGUGGGUAUACCGAAGGAGGAUAGGCAGAACCGUUUGAACUAGCAUUCCCAUCAUUCCCAGCUCAUGGGAGUUGUAGUCCAAAGUCUGGUAUUUAAAAACAUUGCUUCAAGGCUCCAGGGAAUGAGGAGGGAAUUCGGACACGGCGCGUUUGGAGUGGGGUGACACCACAUACAGUAGAGUCUCGCUUAUCCGACCUUCGCUUAUCCGACAUUCCGACGCUCUUAUCCAACGACCUGCUUUUCCUCCAGCUUUUUCCCUUCAGUUAAAAGAGCGCUCCCCAACUCUCCAUUCCCAGUAACUGAAAAAGGCAAGACGAGGAGGAGGAGGAGGAGGAGGAAGGAGGAAAUGGGGAAAAGAAGCCAGACCGGAAACGGAAGAGUCCUCCUUCCUUCACUCUGUGAUUUCCACGCUCCUCUUCCACAUCCGGGCACUUCCUGCUGGAUCCCUCUAGCCCUAAGGCGUUGCCUUGCCUUAACCUUUUGAGUCGCUGUUAGUAUUCUA